GCGCGCCUGUUGGUAAUGGCUGCCGAGAAGCGGACGGGCCGCAUCCUCUGACUGCUAGGAGGAACUCUGGCGGGGCCCAGUUAAAAUGUUUGUUAUCCGACCAAAAAAAUAUACCGAAAACGUUUUACACAUCCCUCAAAUUGCACUGCCUGUGAACGUCCUGUCUUAGUGGUCAGUUCUGUCUGCCGAUUGGUCAGAACUCCAGUUGAGACCAUGGCACUGAAGGACCGUGUCGAGGCGGUGCUCAAUGUAGGGCUACGAGUUCCCAGCAUCAUGCUGCUGGAUGUCCUGUAUCGCUGGGACGUCAGCUCCUUUUUCCAGAAGAUCCAGCGCUCCAGCCUCUCCAACAACCCCCUGUUCCAGUACAAAUACCUGGCACUCUAUCUUCACUACGUAGGUUACAUCCUGAGCUUGGUUCUCCUGACUCUGCCUCGUCAGCACUUGGUGAAACUGUAUCUGUAUGUCCUUACAGCUCUGUUGCUUUUUGCUGGUCACCAGGUGUCCAGAGAUUAUGUCCGCAGUGAACUGGAGUCUGGCUAUGAAGGACCUGUCUACUUGGAACCUCUCUCCACGAACAGAUUCACCACUGCUCUCAUAGGCCAGCUGGUGGUGUGUACACUCUGCUCCUGUGUGAUGCAGACCAAGAGGAUUUGGCUUUUCUCUGCCCAUCUCCUCCCUCUGAUGGCCAGACUGUGUCUAGUUCCAUUGGAGACCAUUGUCUUCAUUAAUAAGUUCUCCAUGAUCUUCACAGGCUUGGAGGUUAUUUACUUUCUAGCUUCUAAUCUGCUGGUACCAUACAACCUGGCCAAGACUGCCUACAGAGAACUGGCUCAGGUGGUGGAGGUGUACGGACUGCUUGCUUUAGGUAUGUCUUUGUGGAAUCAGCUCGUCCUUCCAGUGCUCUUCAUGUGUUUCUGGUUGCUGCUGUUUGCUCUUCAAAUCUACUCCUACUUCAGCACCCGAGACCAGCCUACCUCAAGGGAGAGGCUACUUUUCCUCUUCCUUACCAGUGUUGCAGAAUGUUGUAGUACACCGUAUUCCCUCCUGGGUCUGGUCUUUACUGUCUCAUUCAUAGCUCUUGGAGUUCUCACACUCUGCAAGUUCUACCUGCAGGGCUAUAGGGCCUUUAUGAAUGACAACACCAUGCACCGGGGGAUGACAGAAGGCAUCACUCUGCUGAUCCUUGCUGUGCAGACGGGCCUCAUCGAGUUGCAGGUUAUCCAUCGAGCCUUUCUCCUCUCCAUCAUUCUUUUCAUUGUUGUUGCUUCCAUCCUGCAGUCCAUGCUGGAGAUAGCAGACCCCAUAGUUCUGGCUCUGGGUGCAUCCAGAGACAAGAGUCUUUGGAAGCACUUCCGAGCUGUGUCUCUGUGUUUGUUCCUGCUGAUCUUUCCGGCCUACAUGGCAUACAUGAUCUGUCAGUUCUUCCAUAUGGACUUUUGGCUCUUAAUCAUCAUCUCCUCAUCAAUCCUGACUUCGCUGCAGGUCCUCGGUACUCUGCUGAUAUACAUUCUUUUUAUGGUGGAGGAGUUUCGUAAAGCUCCAGUGGAAAACAUGGAUGAAGUCAUUUACUGCGUCAACGGAACUUACAGAUUGCUGGAGUUCAUGGUUGCUGUGUGUGUGGUGUGCUAUGGUGUCUCUGAGACUGUGUUUGGCGAGUGGAGUGUGAUGGGCAGCACCAUCAUCCUUGUCCACUCGUACUACAACGUCUGGCUCAGAGCCCAGCUGGGCUGGCAGAGCUUCCUGCUCAGGAGAGACGCUGUAAACAAGAUUAAGAGCCUCCCGACGGCGAGCAGCGCACAGCUGGAACAGUACAAUGACAUCUGUGCCAUCUGCUACCAGGACAUGAGUAGUGCCGUGAUUACUCCAUGCAGUCAUUUCUUCCACGCUGGCUGUCUGAAGAAAUGGCUUUAUGUGCAGGAGACAUGCCCUCUCUGUCACUCACAGCUCAAGAGCCAAUCAACAGCUACCGCUGUCUCUGCCCAAGAUGCCUCUGUGGCCAAUCAGAACCUGGCAGGGCAGGAAGAGCCCUCAGCCCAGAAGAUGGAGGAAGAUGGCACUCCUUUGGAUGACAGGAAGGAAGAGGCAACAGAAAAGCAGGAUGGAGCAAAUCCAGUCACAGUUCCAUCAUCACCAUCAUCCUCUGACCCCUCCCUAAAAACUGACUCUGUACAGAGCCAGUCACUGCCAGGUUCUCCCUCAUCAUCUGAGACGUGGGACAUGACUCCCUCCAAUCAAUCUCUUUCCUCCCCCUCUCCCCCAUCCUCCCUCUCUAAUCUCUCAUUCUUGCACACGACACCUGUUGAGCAUCAGCCCACCUUUCAGCUAAACCCUGUCUCACAAUCGGACGUCAAGGAGUCCUCUAACCCGACUGCCAAUCCAUCAGCACAGCCCGAGGUGCCCGCCUCACCCCACUGAGUGACAGUCCUGCACGCCGUGCCACCUCUGAGCCCCAUUACGUCACGUGCAUGCACAUUAUGAACACAAUCUGAAUCCUCCACAGCCUUCCUCCUGUCCUCACAUUAGUCCAGCUGUUUGCUUUCCCAUCAUGUUUUAAAUUUGAUUCCAAAGCCUUUCAUAUCCUCUGUUGGAGAGAAAAAUGAGGAAAAACUAUCUUGUCACAGUUUUCCUUCACUCAGCGUUGGUCAGAAUGUACAGAUGAGCUACAUCUUUCCAAAGUGUUGCCAUUUUGGAGACAGUUGUCAUAGAAGCGUUUCUAAUCUAAUUGCGUUUCCAUGACGUGCUUACGUCUCAUGCCAGCAAUGAUUUCUUAACUUUUUCCAUGUGCUGGAGUUCUUGUUUUGGAUUUACAACAUCACAGCCACAUGUAUUUUUGAAACGCUGGGAGUUCUAAAUCGUGUGUGUGUGUGUGUGUGUGUGUGCAGACCCCUCCUAGGUGUCAGUGCUGAUUGUUGCAGUUUGACAUUUUUAACCUUUGUCAUGUUGUGAUGUUUUAGUCCCAGACAUUUCAUGUUGUGUCUCUGUGUGGCUCCCCUCACUGUCUUCAACAUUUCACUUUUUCUUUCUUGUCUUUCAUGUGUCAUGAUUGCUGUGGGAUGGGUUGCGAACCCUUCAGACUAUCGCUAACUAAUGGCUGCAUUUUAAACAGUGACUAAACAUUUCAAUAAGCUGCAGUUUUUUAUUUUUUUUAAUAAUUACUUGUUUUUCUGCUGUUCACAGUAACAAUGGGUAAAUUAAGAAUUACAUUUUUUUUCUUUGAGAAGUGACGUGACCUGUAACCUCAUCAAAUGUUGCAAUGCCAACAAAUCAGUGCAUUGAUGUGAAAAAUCUAAUUUUUGUCUCUUACACUGCUUUAAUGAGUUCCAGUUGUUUGGCUGGUCCCAGCAAAAAAACAAAACUAGUACUCAUGUUUGCCAAACCCUUAUAUUGCUAAUAGUUUUGAGUCUUUAUUUCCCUCCUUCUUUAAAGUGUCUGUUUGAUUGGACAGCACACAGUCACCACAGUCAGUUUGUGUGGCAGCAUUGUGAGAAAUCAGAGCGCAUGUUGGACCGCAGGGACAGCAAGGACUCCAGCUCCAUCAUCAUCACAUUUACAGCAUACGUAGUUCAUAGCCUCAUUCUUGCUCAGCCGAAGUCGUCCUCACUGCAGUCACGUCAUAAUGACACAUGCUGUUUUCAUCUGUCCCUGAAACAUUUAACUACCAGCAGAUUGAGCCAUUUCCUACCAUAAAGUUGGAUUUCUUUUCUCCACACGUGAGAGCAUCUCACAUCAUAGGGAGAAAAAUGAACUUAUGUCAUGAUGCACGCUGCCACUGUUACCAUAGCAUCCAUUUGUUGAUCCUUACUGAGCUUGAACCUCACAACUAACGUUUUUCUGCCAUGACUUUUUUUUUUUAAGGUUGCAUUUGCACUUAGGUCAUUUAUACUAGCAAUGCUCCAAAGCUUUUCUGUGGCCGUUGGUAACCAAAUACCAUCUGAUGUGUUUGUGUAGAAAGAACCAGAACCAGCUUUGUGUGUGUGAGUGUGUGUGUGUGCAUAUGUGUUACUGUAAUACACAUACUAUAAACCAGGAGAGUGUUAAUGUGUAAAUUAGGUCAGGGCUUGAUUUCUCCAAAACACCCUCACAGUUGGAGGUUCUUCAUGAACAAAGACAGACUUUGAGCAGCUUUUGGGAAAUCAAACCCGCUGAUCCACAGGACCAGCUAGUGUUGGUGCUUUUCAGGUCUGUAUGAUGUGUCUUCACGCUGGCGUGAUCGCUCCAGUGCACUUUACUGUUAGGAGUGGGAUCAGUGUGACACAGACGGAGCUGAGGCACACCAGUUACCCCUCAGCAGUGUUACUCUAUUCCUGAAGGUUUUUGGUUAAGAAUUCCUUUUAUUAUGUUAACAUUCAAGCAUUGGCUGCAGGGCUGAGAAUGAAUACAUGAUCAGUGUAGGAUCAAACCCGGCUGAUGCCGUUUCACUUUAUUUUUUUUAUUAUUUUUUUUUUUUGUCUUUUCCCUUUUUUCCUCUUAAUGGAUAAAAUGUAGUUUGGUGUAUUUUGCACAUUUGGAGAGGUACACUCUUGUUCUUGAAUGGCUUAUCUGCUCCAUUCCAUAGUUAUUAAUUUAGAGCACAUCGUUCCAAAUGGUUAUUUAAAAAUAAAAGAUUUUGAAGGCUUCACUAACAUUUUUUUUUUUCCCUCCCUCAGUUGGUUUCUAGGCAGGCGAGUCAGCUGUAAGAGGAAAUGCUCCUCUGCACAAUGUCUUUCAGUGGCAACUGUAAUGAUGUUGCUUCAGAAGUUGUUUUGCAGUAUUAAAAAAAAAUUCUCAGGCAGCAAAUUGAACCAUCUGUUGAUUCUGUUGCAAUAUUUAGCUGUAACUUUUUUUUUUUUUUAAUUCUCUAAAUCCUGGCACAGUUUUUAGGUUCAAAUCCAAAAACUUAAUCUCAGUUUGGUUAUUUGACCAAAUAUCCUGUUCAGAUAAUGGUCAUUGGUGUUGGGAGGGCUCAGGCUGCCGUUUUUGGACAGGCAGCCAAACAUUUAAAUAUUUUGUUUCAGAUGUCCAUAAGUAGUUGGACAGUUAAUUUUGCCUCUACACCACCACAGUGAACCUGAAAUCAAACAAAAUGUGCUUGUAAUGUAAACUUUCAAUUAGAGCUGUAACUUUUUUUUUUGCAUUAACCAUUUAGGAAUUAGUUACUUGUGUACAUAAUGUCUGUUUUCAGAGCCCAUGAACAAUUGUUUUUUUUUUUUUUAAACACAAAUCACUUUAACAGACUGCUUUCUUAAGUAUACUGAAGUAGAGGUACAAUGUAUACAAUUGACAAUUCCUAACUGGGUCAGAAUAGUUUUGUAUUUUUCUUUCUUUCUAACAGCCGGUAUAUGUUUAUCAUACUGUUGCUGCUGAUUGAUGUCAUUUGCAUUUUACCUCAAAGGGGCUAAUUCUGGUCAGUCUUUUCCUAAUUUUUAGUUUUUCAAAUUAAGAGCCUGCUCUGUAAAACCUGGAUAUGAGUACUGGAUGUUGAUUAAAUGCUCCAUGAUUUUGGACUCUAUUCCUGGCGAUUGAUUGCCACAGUUGUAUUACAAAAGCUGAAUGUCUCAAAUAAAAUUAAUCAUCUGCUCCGGCGUCAAACCGGA